GGCUCGUUCCGCCGCCGAAAAGGCACCCGCUGCCACGGUUGCUGCAGCUGCCGCGCCCCCUCCCUUCCGCCGGUCCCCGCUUUGCGGGGUGCCCCCUGGGCCUGCUCCCGCCAUGGCUACCAAGAAAGGGGGUUCGCGGCUGGAGACCGAGAUCGAGAGGUGCCGGUCCGAGUGCCAGUGGGAAAGGAUCCCUGAGCUCGUCAGGCAGCUUUCAGCCAAGCUCAUUGCUAACGAUGACAUGGCAGAACUCCUCCUCGGAGAAUCCAAGCUAGAACUUUUUCUGAAGGUGAAUCCUCUAAAACAGGGUGCAAGUCCUUGUGGGCCCCGACCAAAAUUAAUUGAAGUCAGGAAACAUCUCACCGCAGCACUUGAUCGUGGAAAUUUAAAGCCAGAGUUUUUACAAGAAGCCCAUUUAGUUAUGGCCAAAUUAAAUUAUGUAGAAGGCGAUUACAAAGAAGCUCUUAAUACAUAUGCUAAGGUGGGAAUUGAUGACCUGCAGCUUGCUGCUGUACCUCCUUAUCGCUUGAGGAUGAUUGCUGAAGCAUAUUCAACCAAAGGUCUUUGUCUAGAAAAAUUACCAAUAUCAUCUUCAACAAGCAGCCUCCAUGCAGAUCGUGAGCAGGAUAUUAUUAUGUGCUAUGAGAAGGCUGGGGAUAUAGCCCUUCUGUAUCUCCAGGAGAUAGAAAGGGUAAUACUUAGCAAUAUGCAGAACAGAAGUCCUAAGCCUGGGCCUGGAACACAUGAACAAGAACUUGGAUAUUUUUUAGAAACUGGACUUCAGAGGGCCCAUGUCUUAUACUUCAAAAAUGGGAAUUUGACAAGAGGAGUUGGUAGAUUUAGAGAGAUUCUAAGAGCCGUUGAAACAAGAACUACUCAAAAUCUACGCAUGACAAUAGCAAGGCAGUUAGCUGAAAUUUUGCUUCGAGGCAUGUGUGAACAGAGUUACUGGCACCCGCUGGAUGACCCUCCUCAACAGUCACCCUUAAAUGAUCCACUCUGGAAAGGUGCAAACACUAAAAGUUAUGCACUUAGCAGAAGACCACGGGUGUACUCAGGAGAAAACAUUUUCUGUCCUCAAGAGAACACUGAAGAAGCUCUGUUGCUGCUGCUAAUUAGUGAAUCCAUGGCUAAUCGUGAUGCUGUAUUGAGCAGAAUACCAGAACACAAAAACGAUCGCAUCAUCAGUUUGCAAAGUGCAUCUGUAGUGUACGAUUUGCUUACCAUUGCCUUGGGAAGAAGAGGUCAAUAUGAAAUGCUGUCGGAGUGUUUGGAAAGAGCUAUGAAAUUUGCCUUUGAAGAAUUCCAUCUUUGGUAUCAAUUUGCACUUUCCUUAAUGGCAGCAGGAAAAUCUGCUCGAGCUGUGAAGGUCUUAAAAGAAUGUAUUCGGUUGAAGCCAGAUGAUCCUACAAUUCCACUUCUUGCUGCUAAAUUAUGUAUGGGAACCCUUCAUUGGUUAGAAGAAGCAGAAAGAUUUGCCAGAAUGGUAGUUGAUGUGGGGGACAAAACAUCAGAAUUCAAAGCCAAAGGUUUCUUAGCCCUAGGACUCUCCUACAGCCUACAAGCUACAGAUGCUUCCUUGAGAGGAAUGCAAGAAGUCCUACAGCGAAAGGCUCUUCUAGCGUUUCAAAGGGCGCACACUUUGUCUCCAAGUGAUCAUCUGGCAGCCUUUUAUCUAGCUUUACAGUUCGCUAUUUCUCGACAGAUACCAGAAGCUUUGGGUUACGUUCGUCAGGCUCUGCAACUUCAAGGAGAUGAUGCUAAUUCUUUACAUCUCCUUGCCCUCUUGCUGUCAGCUCAGAAACACUACCACGAUGCUCUGAAUAUCAUCGACAUGGCCUUGAGUGAAUACCCAGAAAAUUUCAUAUUACUGUUUUCAAAAGUCAAAUUGGAAUCACUCUGCAGGGGCCCUGAUGAGGCACUUCUUACCUGUAAACACAUGUUGCAGAUCUGGAAAUCUUGUUACAAUCUUACUAAUCCCAGUGAUUCUGGACGCGGCAGCAGUCUAUUGGACAGAGCCAUUGCUGACAGGCGACAGCUUAAUACAAUCACUCUCCCAGAUUUCAGUGAUCCUGAAACAGGCAACCCUCCAGAUGCUUACUUUCAUGGUUUUUUCUCCCUUUUUUCAGUUUGUUCAGUCCAUGCAACAUCAAUAGCAGCCUCUAGAGUGGAGCAGGCACUAUCAGAGGUUGCUUCAUCUUUGCAGAGCAGUACUCCGAAGCAGGGUCCUCUGCAUCCUUGGAUGACUCUGGCUCAGAUCUGGCUUCAUGCAGCUGAAGUAUACAUAGGAAUUAGAAAACCUGCAGAAGCCACUGCUUGUACUCAGGAAGCUGCUAACCUCUUUCCUAUGUCUCACAAUGUUCUCUACAUGAGAGGUCAAGUGGCAGAACUUCGGGGAAAUAAUGAUGAAGCCAAGCGCUGGUAUGAAGAGGCCUUAUCUAUUAGCCCUACGCAUGUCAAAAGUAUGCAGAGAUUGGCUCUAAUUCUUCAUCAGCUUGGCCGGUAUAGCUUGGCUGAGAAGAUCCUUCGGGAUGCUGUCCAGGUGAACUCAACAGCCCACGAGGUUUGGAAUGGCCUCGGAGUGGUUCUGCAAGCUCAGGGUAACGAUGAUGCAGCAACGGAAUGUUUCCUGACGGCACUGGAGCUUGAAGCCAGUAGCCCUAUUGUCCCUUUCACCAUCAUCCCUCGAAUCCUUUGAAAGGCAAACUGUUCAUCCUGCUUCAGCUGAACUUGAGAAUGUGAGGAUGCCUACAAGCUAAUCUUUCCUUCUGACUCCAAGGGGCAGCUCUUCAGCCUGAGAGGUAACACAUAAAGAUUCAGGUAACCUGCUCAUUUCUGUUGGGUGUCCAACACAGGGAAACAAUAUAGGAUCUUAAAAUCAGUGAAGAAAAAUUGGAAAAGAGAAGGGAAACAAACGCACAUGUACACAUUAAGCCACCACUUGUGUAUCGUCUACAUUUUUUGCCACAUAGUCAUUUCAAAGCCUGAUGCUUAUUGUUCAAAUGGAUAUUGUGCCAUAUUUUGUUAGGUGACAUCAGAGUGUUAUGUAAAAACUCUAAAUAGAAUCAGUGAUAGAUAAUAGAUUCAAGUUAAAAUUCAGUGGCAGAGCAAGCCUAUUUUUAACCAAGCCUGUCAAAGACCUGUUCUCUUCAUGGCUUUCAACCUCUCUGGAGCUCAGAAUCAAAAUGUGAAAUUUGCUGUGUUCCAUCUUCUAUGGUAGUCCAGCCCAGCAAAUCAGCUGAAAGGUUUAUGUUUUGAGUUGUUAAUAGCAGUGAUGUGUAGCUAAUUGUUAUUCUUUGUAUUUAGAAGAAAGGUUGUGUACCAGAAUAUUUAUAUUUUACCAGCAUAUGCCUGUUGAAACAGAAAAGAAAUGAAAAUAUUAGUUAUUUAAGUUUAACUUUUUUAUGUGAAUCCAGAGUUUAUUUAUCAAUGGAAAUAUGUAAAAAAGAUGCUAAAAAUAGAAUAUUUACCAACAUUCCUUAUGAAGUAUACACCACCUUGGCUCAAUGGAAAGAUUAUGUUAAUAAUAAAAUGAUUUUUGAAUGCAUACAA